CAGAGUUAUGCCAAGUAUGUGAGGAGCCCGCGAGGGCCCGCGCUGGCCAUGGGGAACCGCGGCAGCCUCCGCGAACGCCGCUUUCUGCCAGAGCGGGGCUCGGACCUCCCCCCGCCGCGGGAGCGAGCCUGGCUCUUGAAGCCGAGGGGAUGGCGGACCCUCUGAGGAAAACGCUGUCCAGGCUCCGGGGAAGGCGAGGGCCCCGCGCCACUGGGGGAUUGGGACUCCGGGCGGCCGCUGCAGCUACUGUAGCGGCCUCCUCCGCUGCCCAAGGAAACGCCGGGGGUGUUUCGGACGGCCCCCCACGCGAGCACGCCGGCGGAGCCCCACAGAGCUCGGAGCCGCCUGCGCCGUCGCUACAGGCGUGGGGUCCGAAGACGCGGGUCCCGGGACCGCGCCCGGAGCAGUCGGGGGCGCUCGGGCCUCGGCCGCGCGGCGGAACGGAGGCCGCCCCUCGGAGCCGCGGCCUCACUCGUGCUCCUCUGCACGCCACGCCGGGUUCCGAGGGCAGCGGAGAGGACGCAGACGAGGACGCCGCAGACUACUACGAGAACCUGCCCAGUGGCUCACAGUCCACGCUGGAGCCUGAGGGGGUGGAGGCGGAGCGGUGGCCCCCGCCUCCCCCGGCGGCGGGCUCCUCCCCGCGGGCGGAGGGCGGCCGCCUGGAGACAGGCAGGCUGCAGACCCAGUUGCGAGAAGCCUAUUAUCUGCUGAUCCAGGCUAUGCACGACCUUCCCCCAGACUCGGGCUCGCGGCGGGGCUGGGCGGAUCGCGGCUGCCCGGCGGGAGCCCGGGCUCCGGGCCAGCCGUCUUCCGGCUGCGGCGCUGCGGGCCGCCGAGCUCGCCCUAGAGACUGGGAGCGGGGAGGUGGGGGCCGCUCUUGGCAGCAGGUGUCCCCGCCCUGGUCGCCUCCGAGGGAGUCGUGGGGAGGCCGCCCACGGACUCCUCGGAUGCGUCUGUCCUGCAGCAGAAGCCUCGAGAGCCUCCGAGUAGGCGCCAAGUCCACUCCCUUCCAGCGGUGGCCGAGCGACAGCUGGCUCAGGUGCGGCGCGCGGGAGGACCUAGACGAGCCUCCGCCACGUGGAGGCGGGAUGGACGGCUGGAGCGGAGGCAGCUCCCGGGUUGCCGAGCCCUCCGGCCUCCUGAGUCCACGCUCCAAGGACCCCGUCCGUACCCUGGAGGGCACUUUCGGGGAUCCUGCGGGGUCCCCUGUGAUACGCAGCAAAGGAGACGGCCAGGAGGGGCUCCCCUUCCUCAAGCCGCCUGCGGUGACAGUCAAGAAGCUGCAGAAGUGGAUGUACAAAGGACGCCUGCUGUCCCUGGGAAUGAAGGGUCGCGCCGGUGGGACACCCCCGAAAGUCACGGGAGCGCAGGGCACCUCUCCAAAUCUGGCCGCUUUGAAAAUGUGUGAAAGCCAAGUCCUCUCGGUGCCUCCAGAUGAAAGAAUUACGCUGACAGAUUUAUUUGAAAAUGUUUAUGGCUCUACAAUGAGGAGAAAAGAACUUGAUGACUUGAAGGGUAAUAUUGGAUUCAGGGGUCCUAAGCCACUUAACAGCAUCACUGUGUCAAAGAAACGUAAUUGGCUAUAUCAGAGUACUCUGAGAUCAUUUAAUUUGGAAGAAGAAACUAAGAAAUGCCAAGAUAUAAGCCAUUUAUCCAUCUCACCUGCUUCUCUACCUAAACAUCAACUGUCGAAACCUUUCCUUAAAUCAUCCGAAGAAUAUUGUACAUAUGUGGUGUGUAAUACUACAGAUUCUUCGUUAUCAAGAAACUGUUCUUUAGACUUCAAUGAGGAAAAUGAUGCAGAUGAUGAAGGGGAAAUAUGGUACAACCCCAUUCCUGAGGAUGACGACUCUGGUAUAUCAAAUGUUUUGAGUUUGGGUGAGGCAAACUCUGCUGUUCUGAAGUUUCCUGCUGUCAGUUUGAGAGUAUUAUCCAGUAGUGACCUGAAAGCAGAGCAGCAUCCUGAAGACUUGUUUUGCUCUUCUGAACAUACAGAGAAUGUUCAGACCACACAAUCAAAUGAAAUGAAUCCUGUAGAUUCCAUCCAUUCCACGGACUUUCUGAAGCAGUACAAGCAAAAGCUUGGACACAAGAUGCCAGAUGGUGUAAUAGUGGACGGCACUCCCGUGUUGAAAUCUCCUUCUGCAGGUCCUGGGAUCCUAGUUCCUACAAAUAAACCUGAAUGGGGAGUUAUAGAACCAUCUUCUCCAAACCCUAGCCCUGUGAAAAAAGGCAGUUCAAUUAAUUGGUCUUUCCCAGAUAAAAUAAAAUCUCCACGAACUGUGAGGAAACUCUCCAUGAAAAUGAAAAGGUUGCCAGAACUUAGCCGGAAACUGAGUGUUAAAGGAAACUUGAAUUAUAUAAACAGCCCAGAUAAUACUCCUUCCUUGUCUAAAUGUAACUGUCAAGAGAUUCAUCAUACAGUUAUUCUGCCUUCUGGGAACACAACCACAGCUGCUAAGAGGAAUGUUAUAAGUCGGUACCAUCUUGAUACCAGUGUAUCUUCUCAGCACAGCUACCAGAAGAAAACCUCUAUGAGUUCUAAGUAUUCCUGCAGAGGUGGUUAUCUCAGUGAUGGAGAUUCACCUGAACUUGUAACUAAAUCUAGGAAACUUGGAUCUGAAAACAAAUUUGGAAAGGGAAAAGAAACAAUCCCAAGCAGCUGCAGCAAGAAUGAAAUUGACAUUGAUGCUUUUAGACAUUACAGUUUUUCUGAUCAACCUAAGUGUUCACAGUACAUAUCUGGGCUCAUGAGUGUGCAUUUCUAUGGUGCUGAGGAUUUAAAACCACCUCGGAUAGAUUCAAAGGAUGUUUUUUGUGCAAUUCAGGUAGAUUCAGUAAAUAAAGCAAGAACUGCUUUGCUUACAUGUCGGACAACAUUUUUAGACAUGGAUCACACUUUCAACAUAGAAAUUGAAAAUGCUCAGCAUUUGAAAUUAGUAGUAUUCAGUUGGGAACCUACUCCAAGAAAAAAUCGAGUGUGUUGUCAUGGAACUGUUGUUCUCCCCACCUUAUUCAGAGUAACAAAGACACAUCAGUUGGCUGUCAAACUUGAACCUAGAGGUCUUAUUUAUGUGAAAGUGACUCUUUUGGAACAGUGGGAGAAUUCUCUUCAUGGACUAGAUAUAAAUCGAGAACCAGUAGUGUUUGGUGUUGAUAUUCGAAAAGUUGUAGAGAAAGAAAAUACAGGAUUGAUGGUGCCACUCCUGAUACAGAAGUGUAUUACGGAAAUUGUAAAGAGAGGCUGCCAGGUAGUCGGCCUGUACCGAUUAUGUGGUUCGGCAGCAGUCAAGAAAGAACUUCGAGAGGCUUUUGAGAGGGAUAGCAAAGCUGUUGUUCUCUGUGAAAACCAAUACCCAGAUGUAAAUGUGAUAACAGGUGUUCUUAAGGAUUAUUUAAGAGAACUCCCUUCUCCUCUGAUAACAAAGCAGCUUUAUGAGGCUGUAUUAGAUGCCAUGGCAAAAAAUCCCUUGAAAAUGUCAUCAAAUGGUUGUGAGAACAAUACAAGUGACUCCAAGUACACUGUAGACCUACUGGACUGCCUGCCUGAUGUCGAGAAGGCAACCCUCAAGAUGUUGUUGGAUCAUUUGAAGUUGGUGGCUUCUUAUCAUGAAGUGAAUAAGAUGACCUGCCAGAAUUUGGCUGUGUGCUUUGGACCAGUAUUGUUAAGUCAGAAGCAAGAGACUUCCAAUCAUAACAACAGAGUCUUUACUGAUUCAGAAGAACUUGCAAGUGCUUUGGAUUUUAAAAAACAUAUUGAAGUUCUUCAUUACUUACUUCAGCUCUGGCCAGUGCAACGUAUAACUGUCAAAGAAUCAACAACAGAGCAGAAAUCCUCUCUAAAUUAUUUGAGGAAGAAGAAGGAACGACCUUACAUGUUAAAUUUGAGUGACACUAAUUCAUCAAGAGUACUAAGGCCACGGCAAGCCAGGUUAGACAGUCCGCUUAGCAAUCGUUAUGCAGGAGACUGGAGCAGCUGUGGAGAAAACUACUUUUUAAAUACAAAAGAAAAUUUAAAUGAUGUGGAUUAUGAUGAUGUCCCUUCAGAAGAUGGAGAAAAUGGAGAAAAUUGCAGCAAAAUGUAUAGACCUGAUAUAAUGAUUAAACAGCCAAUUUCCUUGUCCAAAGAGUGCACAUUUCAGACAUAUUUGACAAUGCAGACAAUUGAGUCCACAGUGGAUCGAAAAGUCAAUCUCAAAGAUCUACAAGAAAGUAUUGAUACACUGAUUGGAAAUCUGGAGCGUGAGCUCAACAAAAACAAGCUUAGUAUGAGUGUUUGAGAUUAAAGAGGUUUUUUUUUUGUUUUUUCAUAAUGUUUUAAAGUUUCAAAUCAUUCUCACAAUGAUGUUUUUAUUUUUUUAUUCUUAAAGCCUUCAAUUAAUUUCUAAUAAGUUAAUGUGACUCAAUUAAAAACACUAUUCACUAAUAUAACAUCUCACUAGAAAAUUUUACGUUGGGUAAAGAUAACUUGGACUUCUUGGAUAUAUUUUAAUAAAUCUUGCCAAUUCUGUGGAGAUAACUUUAAGUGCACUUAAAGGGUUCAGAUAAGUUAUUAGCCCCUCAAGUUUUUCUACGUUACAGGAACUGCUCCUCUGCAGCUGACACAGGUGCUCCUUUUGGAGGACCAUUGCAGCUGAGUCCGCGUGCUCUGCACCACCAUUUGAUCCCAUUCCAUUUGCAAUGCAAAUGCUGCUAUAAGAAAACCUUUUUAUAAAUAAAAGUAAAACUAUACAAAUAUUAAUGUAUUCUGUAUUAACAGUCAGUAAUUAUUGAAGCUUAUAAAAUUAAAUAUUUUUAUAAUCCUGAAAUAUGUAUAUGUUUAUAAGUUCAUAUAUGUGUACUUAUUAGAAUGGUUGCCAAAUCACAUGUAUCUUUAAAAUAUAUGUCAAGGGGCCAAAAUCAUUAGCUUAAAAAUGUCUUUUUCAGGGAGAGAACAUUUAAGUUAAAGGAGGUGCAUAGAAACACACAAACCAAAACACUAGACACAUCUGAAUACAAAUAAUAGACUUUUUUUGAUUUACAGAAAGUCACAAUAUUCCCAAUGAAAAGCCAUCUUUUAAACUGAAGUUCUCUAACUGAAAGGAUUAAGUUCCAGAUUUCUGCACUGAUGACUUAGAUUAUAAAAAUUUUCAUCUGUUUUGUGCAGUUUUAAGUUCUACUUUUUAAAAAAAAUUAAUUAUAGAUAAAACAUUUAUUGGUAAUAGAACAUUUAUAACAUUGACGUUAUAAUUACCCUCAUUUGUUUCUAAAGAAAUCUUGCCAGCAUACUAUGUUACUGAUUUUUAAAAAUUAACUUAUUUUGGCUUAGUAUAUUUACAGGGUAGUCAUUAUAGCAAUCAUAGCAGUGUUUGAAAUGUACAUUUAGAAGCCUUUUUAAAUUAAAUUGGAAUGUAUUUAAAAAAUUUUUAUGCCUACAGAAUGUAUAAUUUUAAAAUUAUAAAUAAAAUUUGAAAUACCAACUUAAAGAUGUAGCAGCCAUUAAAAAACCUGACUUCUUGAUGUUUUUCUAAAUAUUAAAGUAUUUAACUGUUUCUAUGCAAUAUACAUUAGUAAACAAAACACCUUUUUAUUUAAUUUGCUCAAUUGUUUAAAAAAGAGAUAAAUAUUUUUAUGUGAAAUUUUCAGUUUUUAAGCUUUGUAUAAUAAUUCAGAAGAAUACCAAAGAAUAUGUGACAGGUAUAUAGAUUGAGUAAACAAUCAAAAGAAAUGUACUUUAAGUAAUUUGAAGGGAGACUGUCUCAGGCUUCUUCCUUUUGUUUGCUAUAUCAUGUAUAUUGUAUUAAUUAAGUUCCAGAAAUGUAAAAUUUUAUUAAAAUAUUAUAAUCUUGGUGUCAUGCU